AUGUUGUUUAGAAUUCUUAGAGUCAUUCUUGAUUUCGUAGAUCCAAAACUGGACUAUCGUGGUCAGCAACUAAACAACCGUAUUAUGAUAGGGCUGUUUGUGGUAGGAUACACGGCCUCAACAGCAAUAGGGUGGCUUCUUAGAGACUUCAGCUACAUUCUGUACGGAUGCGUUCUAACAGCAUUGCUAAAUGCAUUAUUGACUGUUCCAGCCUGGAAAAUGUACAGGAGACAUCCACUGAAGUUCAAGAAGCACAAAAAUGAGUAA